AUGCAAAGCGUGGAAAUUCAAUUAAAAAAGGCUGAUCGUACCUAUUUCUCAGGUGAAAAAGUUAGAGGAGUUGUAAAAAUUAAUGCCAAACAAGGUGGAUUUAAAUCAUCGGCAAUUAAUUUAAAGGUAGAAGGAACAGUAUCAUUUCAAUAUAGCGGAACUAGUAAUGUGAAUAUAUUUGAUGUUGUGAUGAAUUCAUUUAAACCAAUUAAAUUAAUUGAUUUACAAAUACAAUUGGAUAAAGGAGGUACUAAAUUCCCAAGUGGAAACACUGAUAUUCCUUUUGAAUUUGUUUUACAACCUUUAAAUAAGAAAAUACCACUCUAUGAAACUUAUGCUGGUGUCUAUUUAUCAUGCCGUUAUAAGAUUUCAUGUGAAGUCAAGAUGGGUCUUUUCAGUAAGGAUCAAAACACAUCUGUUGACUUUACAGUUUAUAAUAGAGGACAAGAAACAAAUAUUGUAAUUCCUAAACAAAUUAAGCAAUUUCUUCUCACUCCUCAAACAUUACAAAAUGUUAUACGUCAAAAUGUAACUGGUAUUCCAGAAUAUGAAAUUAGAGGAUUUGUUUCUGAUACUAUUUGUGAUAUUACUGACCCAUUGGAUGGAGAAAUUGAAAUUGUAAAAUCAUCUUCCAGAAUUAAAUCUCUCGAAGUUCAAUUAGUCAGAGUUGAAAGUUGCAGUGUUGAAGGAGGAAACAUGAUAAAGGAAGCAACAGAAAUUCAAAAUAUUCAAAUGGGAGAAGGAAAUGUUUGUAAAGGGUUGAAGAUUCCAAUCUACAUGAUUUUCCCAAGAUUAUUCACAUGUCCUACUUUAAUUGGUGCUAAUUUCAGAAUUCAAUUCGAAAUUAACAUUAUUGUAAUUUUUGCUGACGGAUAUCAAAUUACAGAGAAUAUUCCAAUCAUUCUUUAUCGUAAACAUGACGAUAACAAGAAAUACAUUAUUUAA